CCCUUUUUUAAAAAAGUAAAAGUUGCCUUCCCCUUUUAUCGCAACCCAAAACCCCUUUUCUUAAAUCUGUAAUAACAAACCCUAUAAAACAAAACCCUCGCCGCCGAUUUCAUAUAAAAUUUGUAUUAACGAAAGAUGAGUCGGAGUUUAGGUAUUCCGGUGAAGCUCCUCCACGAAGCCGCCGGACACAUUGUCACCGUUGAACUCAAAAGCGGCGAAGUUUAUAGAGGAAGUAUGAUUGAGUGUGAAGAUAACUGGAAUUGUCAGCUUGAAAAUAUCACUUACACUGCUAAGGAUGGAAAGGUGGCUCAACUUGAACAUGUCUUUAUUCGGGGUAGCAAAGUCAGGUUCAUGAUCAUACCAGACAUGCUCAAGAAUGCGCCAAUGUUCAAACGCUUAGAAGCUAGAAUUAAGGGCAAAGGUUCAGCACUUGGUGUUGGUCGUGGCCGUGCUGUUGCUAUGCGAGCUAGAGCUCAGGCUGCUGGCCGUGGAACUGCAGGUCCAGGUAGAGGGAGGUGAUCUGUUUUUCAAUCAAACUCAAAUGGUAGAUGGAGUUGGUCUGUUCACUUUAAAAUCAGAUGUAUCGGCACUUAAAAGAUGGAUCCUAAGUAAUCAAUUUCAACUAGGUUUUUGGUUUUAUUUUUAAGAUUGGAGUUUGAUAUUUGAUUUAACAUCCAAGUAUGUUCUUCAUUGUCAAUCUAUGGUGCACUUUGUAAGCUUGUUAUGUGCUAAAAAAAUGUUUCCAUUGAA